AUGGCUGAAAGGCCAAACUUUGGGAGCCAGAAAGUCUCCCGGCCCCAGCACUCCCUUCCUCCCGAACCCAUUGACAUCAUCCGAAUCAAAGCGCGCUCCAGAAGAGUCCGGAUCAAUGUCGGCGGCCUGGUCCACGAAGUCCUGUGGCGGACUUUGGACCGUCUGCCUCGCACAAGACUCGGAAAGCUGAGGGACUGCAACACCCAUGAGACCUUAAUGGAGAUCUGUGAUGACUACAGCCUCAACGAGAACGAGUACUUCUUCGACAGACACCCAGGUGCCUUCUCCUCCAUCUUGAACUUUUACCGGACGGGCAAGCUGCACAUGAUGGAGGAGAUGUGUGCGCUGUCGUUCGGCCAGGAGCUUGACUACUGGGGCAUUGAUGAGAUCUACCUGGAGUCAUGCUGCCAGGCACGCUACCACCAGAAGAAAGAGCAGAUGAACGAGGAGCUGAGGCGCGAGGCUGAGACGCUGAGGGAGAAGGAGGGCGAAGAGUUGGAUACGGGAUGCUGCCCAGAUAAGAGGAAGAAGCUGUGGGACCUCCUGGAGAAACCCAGCUCUUCUGUGGCUGCGAAGAUCUUGGCAAUAAUUUCCAUCCUGUUCAUCAUCCUGUCCACUAUCGCCCUGUCACUGAACACCUUACCUGAUUUACAAGUCACUGACGAGUUCGGACAGUCGAAUGACAACCCGACCCUUGCCCACGUAGAAGCUGUGUGCAUAGCAUGGUUCACCAUGGAGUACCUUCUACGGUUUCUGUCUUCACCCAAAAAGUGGAAGUUUUUCAAGGGCCCUCUGAAUGUCAUUGAUCUAUUGGCCAUACUUCCCUACUAUAUCACCAUAUUUCUCACAGAGUCCAAUAAGAGUGUUCUCCAGUUCCAGAAUGUACGCAGGGUUGUCCAGAUAUUCCGCAUCAUGAGAAUACUCAGGAUCCUGAAACUGGCCAGACAUUCCACAGGUCUUCAGUCACUAGGCUUCACACUCAGGAGGAGCUACAAUGAACUGGGCUUGCUGAUCUUGUUCUUAGCAAUGGGAAUCAUGAUCUUCUCUAGUCUGGUGUUCUUUGCUGAGAAAGAUGAAGAUGCCACCAAAUUUACCAGCAUUCCAGCAUCCUUCUGGUGGGCCACAAUUACAAUGACGACUGUGGGUUAUGGAGAUAUCUAUCCUCAAACCCUUUUGGGUAAAAUUGUAGGUGGGCUUUGCUGUAUCGCCGGUGUUCUGGUGAUCGCCUUGCCAAUCCCUAUUAUUGUGAACAACUUCUCUGAGUUUUAUAAAGAGCAGAAGAGGCAGGAGAAAGCCAUCAAGCGUAGAGAAGCUUUGGAAAGGGCAAGGCGGAAUGGCAGCAUUGUAUCAAUGAAUAUGAAGGAUUCCUUUGUGCGUCAGAUGGAAAUUGUGGAUGUUGUGAUUGAGAAGAACGAAGAGAAGCCCUCAGACAAUCACCUUUCUCCAAGUCGAUGGGCCUAUCAGAAAAGCCCAUGCACUGCCACCAGAUCCUGUGACCCUAAAUAUCAGGAUGUUAUGCAGUUAAGGUCUCCAGAGAAAGUGAUCAAACCAUGCUCAAGUCCUCAACGGUUAAACGCAACAUCUCUGGAGCAAAUAUAUAACCAAAUGGCAGUGCCUCCCAGUGUUUCAGCUCCGAAAGGAGGCAGCAGGAUUGGCAGGGAGGAGAGUCUGGAGAUGAAGGUGGUUCAGUCUGAACCAAUAAUGAAGGAUCGUCCUGUUACUGAUAUCAGAAGUGUGUCAAGCAUUGACAGUUUUGCAAGCUGCUCCACAGACAUCAGUGAAGUGGAAAAAACGGCUCUGCUCCCUAAGGUGAUGCAGUCAAAACACCCUCGGGCUCCUCCUCCUCUAGAUCUGAGCCAGAUCACCUCCUUAAACACGAAGGCAUUUGAAAAGUCGAAGCAACCCCCCAUCAUCAAGGAGGGCAUCUAUGAGUUUGUCCAGUACAAAUCGGAGGGCAGCGCCCGAUCUCAAGGGGAGGAGAACCAAAGCUUUGAUAUGAGCAGUGAAAGUGUAACAGGCUCUCCAAAACAACAUGCCAAGGGACUCCAGGUCAAUUUCACAGAGUCUGGAGAAGAUGCAUCAUCUAACUUGCAUCAAGUGGUCACAGAUGACACAGCAGCACUAACACCAUGUUCUUGGGAAAGUCCCAAAACUCCAGGAAGAGGGGAAGGAGCAAUGAGUUCUCCUGUUUUUACUCCAUCCUCUGGUGAGAGCCAAAGAGGGAAGAAUCACAUUGACAAGCCAACAGUUUCUCCUGCUUCACCUAAAAUUGUGCUGAAUUGUUCGCCUGACAUGGAGGACACUUCAGACAGCAGUCAAAGUGAACAGAAGGUCAUCAAUCACCUCCUCUCACCAGACAUUCUCAAAUCGACCGGGGAUGGGAAUGUCUCACCAUCAUGUGAAUCCAGCAUGUGA